AUGAUGAUGGAGAAAGACGAAAUCGACGCGAAAGUAAAUGAGCUGGCCAGGUCUGGCGGAAACCCGGCCAUGCGAGGGGUGAUGUUCGCCAAUAUGUACAUCAAAGUCAAAGCAUACGACUCAGCAAUGAGUUGGUUGGAUAAAUUUUUAACUGUUAAAGGAAGAGAUGCAGAUGCCUACUCCUUGUAUGGAGAUUGUCAAUUCGGAAAAGAAAAUUAUCAAAAAGCGCUUGAUUGCUACAAGCGCUCCCUCGAAUUCCGCCCUCGCCAGCCCGCCCUGGCGUUGAAAGUGGCAGAUAUGCUUGUUCGCCGUGCCGAGACGCGAAACCUCUCCAGUGCCAAGAUCUGGAUCGCCAAGGCCGAGAACUUCAACCAAGGCAGUCUCGAGCUGUACGAAGUGCGCAAAAGUUUCACCGAACAGCGCAUCGCCGCGAAAGAAGUAGAACCCAUCGAGAUCGAGCGACUGAUUCAAAAUCAACUUCGCCAAACGCCUCGAUGCGCAAAAUUAUACAUCGACUUGCUGCACCAUUUCAAACGCCAGAAGAAUUUGAAAGAAGCGAUCGCCCCGCAGAUUAGAAAAUUAGAAUCAGACGCCGUAUCCAGAACGGUUCUCAUGGGCUCUGUUGAAUGGCUCGAAGAAACAGCAAAUCUCGCGAAACCAGCUAAUAUCUCGAAUGAAUUACCAAAUCACGCGCUCCUCCGUGAAGUCGACUCGUCAAAAAUCGCAAUUGCUGCUGCGUACCUCAGUUCCGCCGCUAACAACCCCGCCGCCAUCGAAAAGGAGCUCAAGCUCCAGCUUUCCGGCGAAGAGCAGCGCAUCAGGCUUGCGGCCAAUCUCCUUCCAAAGUCAAAAUAUCUCUCCGUGGCGCUCACACCUGACGACUGUAAACUUGAAGAUGUCCAAUUUCAAAUGGAAAAAAUCGUGGCCAACUUCGGCAACGAUCUUGACUCGCUCGUUUGGACCCUGGCCGCCGGAGGGUUUAAACCAGCUCUUCUCCAGCGAUAUGUCAAGUCUCAAUUCGCUACUUUGAUAGCCACUACAUCAGAUGCCAAUCAAAUCAGCCAGUACGACAUUGAGUCCUUCCUCGUCGCCGUCAUCGCCAAUGUCGACGCUUCCUCGAUCGCCACUUCGCUUCCCAAAAACAACAUCAUCUUCAAACAAGAGCAGCGAGAUUUCUGGGACGCAGCAGUUCUGCUUUACAAGUCUCAGGCGAUGAAGAGCAACAUGGCUCAACUCCGACGAACAUUGAAAAACGGCAAAAACGUGAUCCGACUUGCCGGGCGAAAUCCAUCUGUAGAAAUUGUCACAAAGAUUGGUCAACAUUUUGCUCACACUGAUCGACCAGGCUUUGCGCUCAAGUACCUAGAAUCCGUCGAAAAUGAGCUGAUCUCCCUCUCAAAGGAUAAGGCAAUCCUUGGUUCAAAAGCCGAAGUGACCUUCCUCGGAUCUGCAGCUGUGAAACUCAACUGCGUUUCAGCUGGACAAGCCGUCGCAGACCUCGCGCUCGCCCGCGGAAAUUUGAAAGCAGAAGAAGGAAACAUUGAAGAAGCUAUUUCAUUCUACGAAGCGGCUAACACUGCUGAAUCCCUCAUCAACGCAGCUUCGAUGAUCCGUGAUAUCGAAACUGACGAUAGCGAAGAUUCCCGCGUAGAAUCUCUUGAACGCGCGCUCCACUACUGCUCCAAGGCGAAAACGCUAAAGCCAGAUGCAAAUCAGACAGAGUUGCUUCAAGAAGUCGAAUCUGAGUUGUCAGAAGUGCUGAAUGAAAGCAAAAUGACGAUGAACAGCACGGCCGCUAACGCUACCAACGGAACAACUCAAAAUGGAACGCUCAACGGAACGCUCAAUGGCACCUUGAACUCGACAGUCGAAAGUGUCUAUACAACUCCUCAAGUUCGUUGGACGCCGUCUCGUUCCAGCAAAAACAAGGAGCUCGAAAACACCAUCAAAGAAUUGAAAGAACUAGUGAUCCAAAAGGAUACGAAAAUCGAUGAAUUGACGAAGAAUGUCCAGUCGAACGCAGACAACAUCCGUCAACUCACGGGACUGAUCACCAACUUGCUCGUCACGACCCAACCAAUGAUGAUGCAUCAUAUGGCCGUGAUGGGUGGUCAAAGACCACCAGUACCCAUGCCGGGGCAUGAAGCAAUAGCGCAGAUGCAGCGUCUGCCGAUGCAACAAGGUCAGCAGCCAGUGCCCAUGCAGAAUCCGAUGGUAGCGCAGCAGCAAGCAAUGCGCAUGCCGAUUAAUAGAUUUGGACAGCCUAUGCCAGGCGGUAUGCCUCCUCGGCCAAUGAUGGUACCUCAACCAGCUCGACCACAAAUGGUCCCUCAGCCACAACAGGCAGCUGCUCCGGUUCAAGCACCAGUUCAAGCGGCUGAAAUUCCAAAGCCAACUCUACCUGUCUCAAAAGCCGAGCCUCUUCAGUUCUCAACACCAAACAAGACCCAAGAGCCGCCUAAGUUUGAGUUCAAGCCAAAAGAUGGCCCCUCUGCAUUUGAGUCGAAACCGCUUACUGGUGGUUUCUUGAGCUCCACUCCUGCUCGAGCACCGGCGGCAACCAACACUUUUUCAUUCAAAUCGCCUCAGCAGAUGGAGAAAGAAAAUGCGAAACUGGAACAAGAAGAGCGCGAGGAAGAUGAUCAAGAUGGUGAUGCUGGUCCUCAUUUCGAGCCUGUCAUUCCUCUUCCUGACCUCGUCGAAGUCAAGACUGGUGAAGAAGACGAAGAAGUCAUCUUCACUCAUCGAGCAAAGCUCUUCCGAUGGGCUGACUCUCAGUGGAAGGAAAGAGGUCUUGGCGACAUGAAAAUCAUGAAAAACCCGAAGAACGGCAAGUACAGAUGUCUCAUGAGGCGAGAGCAAGUUUUAAAAAUCUGCUGCAAUCAUUUGAUCCAGUCAAGCUACUCUUUGAAGCCCAUGGCUGGCAAGGACACCGCUUGGAUCUGGACCGCCAUGGACAACAACCCAGAAGAGGGUAAAGAACACGAAAUCAUUGCUCAGCAGUUUGCCAUCCGCUUUAAAACCGCUGAAACAGCAAAAGAGUUCGAAAAGGCCUUCAUUCUUGGCUCCAAAGCUUCUACUCCAACGAAACCAGCAGAAACAAAAGCACCAGCGAAGCCAUCACCGAAGCCCUCUGGCAGAUUCGACAUCUCCGGCGGAACCAGCAGCGGUGUUUUUAACCCAUUCAAGGUUCAGGAAUCAAAGACUUCGCCAAAAGAGGAAGCACCUCCCGCUAGACCAAUCGCUACUGCCUCUCGAUCCAAGGCUAAAACUGCGGCAGCUGACGCAAAGCCACCUCCAAAGGCAGAAGAAGCGAAGGAUUACUCGGGUCUCAAGACCAAUCUAGCUGCUAUUUUCACCAAGAAACCAGAGGAAGUAAUUCAAAAAUCUCCCGAAAAGCCUAAAGAAGAAGAAAAGCCGAAAGUGAAUCUUUUCGGCGGACUCGCGACUGCUAUGAAGACCGGAUUAGGAAGCAGUGCUACUACUAACGCUCCUGGAUUCAACUUCAGCUUCAAAAAGAGUGACGCGAGUGGCGAUGCUCCAAAGGCCGAAGCAACACCAGCGCCAUCAGCAGGUGCAUUUAGCUUUGGGAAGCCCGCUCCAGCAGCAGCUGCCGCAUCGCCGGUUGCACGAUCUCUUUUCGGAACCCCUUCAAAUACAAACUCAGGCUUCAAUUUCGCGUCUCAAUCUACCGAAUCGAAACCAGCUUCAGGAGGUUUCAGUUUUGGCUCUGCUAAAUCAACUGGCGGCUUUGGCUCCAUCGCUAAAGAUUCCAACGCUUUCGCUGGUGGAAAAGCCGAUCUGCCCGGAAAAGGAGCAUCAAUCUUUGGCGCUCCUAAAGAGAAAGAAAACGGCGAUGAAGGCGACGGAGAUGCUGAGGUUGAUCCCUACUUCGCUCCGAUCAUCGACCUUCCCGAUUUGGUCAAAGUCAAGACUGGCGAAGAAGGCCUCGAGGUUCUUUUUACUCACCGAGCUAAGCUGUUCCGUUGGGCGAAGGAAACCUCAGAGUGGAAAGAACGCGGUCUCGGCGAUAUCAAAGUCUACCGUGAUCCAGCAACUGGCGACGGCCGCGUGAUUCUUAGACGUGAACAGGUUCACAAAUUGGCGUGUAAUCAUGGCGUCGAUCCAAACGCCGAGUUGAAACCGUUGAACAACUCAGAUAAGGCUUGGAGCUGGACGGCGAUGGAUUAUGCUGACGGGGCAGCGUCGCCUGAGAUGUUUGCCGUGCGUUUUAAGAACGCUGAUCUUGCCAAGCAGUUCAAGACCGCAUUCGAUAGCUUCAAAGAAGGAGCUCCUCAUCAUUCCGUUGUUGGAGCUUCGUCUGAUGAACCCGCUACAAAUGGAAAAACCGAAGAUCCACCAAAGCCAGCUGAAAAGAAAGAAGAACCAAAACAAGCCACCGGUUUCUCUUUCGGAGCAAAAACAGAGACUAAACAAACUGGUUUCUCAUUCGGCGCUAAGACAGAAGCACCAAAACCCGCCGCUCCAGCGGCCACUGGGUUCGGUCAGGUAUCCGCUCCGCCAAAGAAUGAGACUCCAGCUGAAAUGGCGCAACGACUCGAGCGCGAGAAACUCGCUAAAGAGCUGCAAGCUGCUGCAUCAUCGAACAAAUUUUCCUUUGGAACAAAGUCUACUGCUCCUGCUACAAGUGGUUCAGCCGCACCCGCUCCUACUCUCUUCGGUAGUGCAGCUAGCAAGCCAGCAGGAAAUCAGACCUUUUCCUUUGGAACACCUGCUGGAGGCUCUGGAUUUUCUUUUGGCUCAAAAGAUGCUGGAAAAGCUGAUUACAGUCACAUCGGUUUCGGAGCUGCUAAAGCUGACGAUUCAGUCGACGAGGAUGAGCUCUUUGGCGUGAAUAGCGAAGCGAGUGAUUCCGAAGAUGAAAGUUCAAUCCAAGUUGAGUCAAGUGAAGUUGCUGCUCUCCCUGAUUGCGAGCUUUUCAAGAAGCUAACUGGUCGGCCUUCUGAAGAACUCGUCAAAAAAGCCAUCUCUCUUGGGCUUGCAGAGACCUUCUACAACUACCUCGAAGCAGGAACUCCUUCUGAGCCUAAUACCUUCCCAUGGGAGACAGAAACGGCGUCGAUCCCUAAACCUUCGUUCUCGUUUGGACAACAAACAACGCCUGCUCCUGCCUCUGGUGGUUUCAACUUCGGAGGCGCAGCGAAACAAUCGAGCGGCUUCAACUUCGGUGGCGGUUCAUCUGGCGGUGGUUUCGGUAGCAUCAAGUCAAGUGGCGGCGGUUUUACCUUCAAAACUGAUUCUCCUAACAACGCCUUCAAAAACGCUGGACAAGCUCUUUUCGGCGGAAACGAUGGGGAAGAUGGUCAGAACGGCGACGGUGACGAAUGCACAGCUACCUUCAAGCCAGUUCUUGAGGAGCUUCCGCCAGAGAUCCAGACCACAAAACGUUACCGUGUGGUGAUGCGACGAGAACAAGUCUUCAAGAUCUGCGCGAAUCACUACAUCACCGCGGAAAUGUCACUCAAGCAAAACAGCAACUCUGAUCGAGCGUGGAUGUGGACUGCGAUGGAUUACGGCGAUCCAAACGAGCCUAUUGGACAAGUUCAAAACUUCUGCAUCAGAUUCAAAAACUCAGAAAUUGCGAAUAAUUUCAAGAAGGUCUUUGAGGAGUGCCAAGUUGGCCUGCUAAAUAUACCAAUGAAUACUCCAUCGAGAAAGGACUCCGAGGAAAUAUCCAAAAGUAGAAUCGCGAUCAACGAAGAGAAGGUCAAUAAAAUGAAGGACGAGCUUAACUACUUCAAGGACAAAUUUGAAAAGAAUGAAGAGAUCAAACUCGGUGAAAAUGGAAGUAUAACACCUUUGGUCAAGCAGCACAAGGAAAAGCUCAACAGAACCAAGAGCGUUCUACCAACGCCGCAGGUCAUUGCCAAUAAGGCAGAUGAAACAGAGAGCCCGGAGAAAGAAGCAAAUGUUUCAUUUACGCCUGUUCUUGAGAAAUUGCCCGACCUCAUUGAUGAAAAGACAGGAGAAGAGGAAGAAACCGUCGUUUUCGCGUCUCGUGGAAAACUGUACAUUUGGAAAGACGAGCAGUGGAAAGAACGAGGUCUCGGCGGAGUCAAGAUUUUGUCGAAAAAUGGCUCUAGCCGAAUUGUUAUGAGACGAGAUCAAGUCAUGAAGGUUUGUCUCAACAUGCCGAUCAAUAAGGACACCCCGGAUGUUAAAGACAAGAAGGAUUCAAACGGAAAGGCGGUCAACUUUAUCGGCCUCGAUUUCAGUGGAAUGGCGACAGAAUCGAAAGACAUGAACGUCGUUGGAGAAGAAGGAGUCACUGCGUCAGAGAGCGGCGAGCUACUUAGCUUUGCUCUCAGGCUCAAGACAGAAGAAAUCGCCGGUUUCUUCAAGACUGCUUUCAUGGCUGGAAAGAAUGCCGAAACAAUCGCCCCCGUUUUCGUCCAGAAAGAUGAGCCAAAGAGCAUCAAGUCGCCCGAGCCCGUCAAAUCCCCGGAGAAGGAGGAAGAAGCAGCGCCAGUUUCGACUGGACCAGCCUUCUCAUUCACCGGUUUUUCUGCUCCUGCGGCUACCGGUGGAUUUAGCUUUGGCUCGCCUGCUCCCAAGCCAGCCUCAACAGGAUUUAACUUCGGCGCAGCGGCUUCUGGCAAUGCUGCUCCGAAAGGAUUCAACUUUGGAGCUCCAAAUCUGACUUUAUACGAUGAAGUCAUCUGGGCAGAGCAGCAAAAGAUCCAUUCACGUGUCAAACGCGAUGUUUCAAUGAGCGAUCCUCUUUGGGAUCGAAUGUGGUACAUAAACCCUAAUUAUGUAAAUGAGCGGACCGGGCAAGAGCGAAAUGCUCAUGCGACGAGGCAUAUGAAUAUCACAGGAAAGGGAAUAGUAGUCACAGUACUCGACGAUGGAGUUGAAAAAACUCACCCUGAUCUUGUUGAAAACUACGAUCCCGCAGCUUCUUAUGACAUCAACAACAACGAUCCUGAUCCAACUCCUCGAUACUCCGCCUUCAACCGAAAUUUCAACUAUGCAACUGCACAGUGGAACGCCCGGUCAAAUCCAGAGCUUCGAUUAACCAGCGAUCUUCGCAAUUAUGAACGAGAGACUAACAUGCAUGGAACUCGGUGUGCUGGACAAAUUGCUGCUUCUGCGAAUAAUGGUCUUUGUGUUCCAGGAGUUGCUUACAACGCAAAAGUUGGAGGGAUCAGAAUGUUGGAUGGAGAUGUGACUGAUCUCGUUGAAGCAAAAUCUAUUGGGCUGAAUCCAGACCACAUCGACAUCUACUCCGCUAGCUGGGGCCCGGAUGACGAUGGACGACGGAAUGGACUUGGCUCAAUUUUUGUUUGGGCAUCUGGCAAUGGUGGCAAAUACGAUGACAAUUGUAAUUGUGAUGGCUAUGCAACGAGUAUCUACACCGUUUCUGUCAGCUCGACGACGAUGAAUGAAGAUGUUCCUUGGUACUCGGAAUCUUGUGCUUCAACGAUGACAACGACUUAUUCUUCAGGUGGAUUCACAUCAGCGAAAAUAGUCACAACAGACCUCAGAGGAAUGUGCACAAAAGAACACACAGGAACGUCAGCAUCAGCUCCGAUGGCCGCUGGAAUGAUCGCACUCAUGCUCGAGGCGAAUCCGAAUUUGACAUGGAGAGAUGUUCAGCAUAUCAUCGUUCAAACUUCUAAAGCGUCCGGUCUUUAUGAUCCCAGAGGAGCGACUAAUCCUGGCUGGCUUACUAACGGAGCCGGGAGACAAUAUUCUCACAGAUAUGGGUUUGGAUUGAUGGAUGCAGGAGCAAUGACAGAAUUGGCGAAAAAUUGGAGUCGCGUGUCCAGACAGCUCAUUUGCGAGCGCAACGUUAUCAGUGGAAGCAGUCAAGUAUCCAUCUAUUCUUCCUCUUCGUUCUACAACCCGAUCAUUGUCAGUUUUCACGUGUCACAGGAAGACUGCCCCGCCGGAAUCACUCAAAUGGAACACGUCAAAAUUCAAAUGAACGCGGCAUUUAGCCGUCGCGGAGACUUGCAAAUGAUUCUUGUCUCACCAUCAGGAACUGAAAGCGUUAUUGUGGGCGCGAGGCGAUACGACAAUUCGAAACAAGGAUAUUAUGGCCACGAAUUUAUGACGGUUCACAUGUGGGAUGAGUCCCCUUAUGGCGAGUGGCAUUUGAAGAUUAUGAACAUGGGCGCGACCUGGAAUCAUGGAGCAAGGAGCAAUUCUAGCGGCUUUUUACGGCAGUUUUCGUUGCAAAUUCAUGGAACAAGAGAAGGAGACAUGCCUGAGAGCACAAAAAGAAGAAAUAAAACUAAAAAUGAAAUCCGUAACGGUCUCUGGCCCGCCGUCAAUCGCGCCUAUCGCCUCCCCAACCCUCGAUAUCUUUACCGAAACGAAAAGGGAGACACUGAGAAGCAUUCUUUCCUGAAGUCCGCAGUUAAAACACCCAAGUCCAAGCUCAAACCAGCCGUUCUUAGAUCAGGGUAUCAUGGAUAA